UACAAAAAAACUUGGUAUGCCAAGGAAAAGGCCAUUGCAAACAGGUUCGGACAAUGGGACGACUCUUUCAAGGAGAUUUGCAAUUUUAUGACGAAUGUCACCGUUGCUAAUCCCAGGACAGUCUGGCAUGCCACCGGUAAUUUUUUUAAAAAUUUCGACUAUUAAAAAUAUGUUCGAUUUAAUAAUUACUAAUAACGGUGUAUGCACAGGUACACCAAUUGAAAACAAUCCACAAUUCAGAACUUUCAAGCAUAUGUUUUGGACUUACGAGCCAGUGGUGAAGGGUUUUCAGUAUUGCAAGCCUGUGGUGUACAUCGACGGCACCCACACAUAUGGAAAAUACGAAAUGACUUUGCUGAUUGCUUCUGCAAUUGAAGGGAACAAUCACAUCAUGCCGAUAGCUUUUGCAAUUGUGAAGUCAGAAACUGCCGCAUCCUGGAGGUAUUUCAUGAGGAUGUUGAAGAGGUAUGUUUUGGGUGAGCGAAAGGUGUGUAUCAUAUCUGAUCGCGGCUCCGGUAUUAUGAGUGCCAUGGAGGGCCCUGAGUGGGGGGGUGAUACCCACAAGUGGUGUAUUAGACACCUAGUGAGCAACUUCCACAAUGCCUUCAAGAAAAAAUAUCUCAAAAAGCUUGCUGAAAAAGCUGGACGCGCAUACCAAGAGCAUAAAAGAGAUCGGUACAUGUCAUUGAUAGAGGCGGAUUCACCUGAGGGUUAUGCGUAUCUUGACCGCCUUGAUGUUACAAAAUGGAGCAUGAGUGGCGACACGUCUGGAAUGCGGCAUGGUGUGAUGACAACAAACUACGCUGAGUCGGUCAACGCGAUGUUAAAGAACAUUCGGGGGCUCCCUAUCACAGCCAUGUUGGAAGCAAUAUUUAACAAGGUCAACUCCGUGUUCAUCAAGCAUGUGAACGACUACAAAAUGUGGUUGGCAUCCGGUUUCAUGUGGACCCCAGUCUGUGCACACAGAAUGGAGACUUGGGAAAAUAAGUCAAGGACUCAUACGGCUUCACAGUUCAACGUUGCACAGAAGGUAUUCAAUGUCUUGACCCAGUUGGACAAUGUAAGACAAAAGGGUGGCAAUACACAACAAGUUCGUCUACUGGACGGGACAUGCACCUGUGGAAAAUUUCAACAGUGGAAAAUUCCGUGCUCCCAUGCGAUAGCUGCCUGCAACCAAUACGGAGAGAACUACCGUGACUACAUUUCAUGGUAUUACAAAUGCGAGUACGGAAUCUUAGCGUGGAGCUCUGUUUCAUUUGAACCCUUAUGGAAUCGAAAGCGUUGGAUAAAUUCCACUGAAAUUCCAUUUGUUCCUAACAGACAGUGGAUGAGAAAGAAGGGUAGGCCGGUUGAGAGUAGGCGUAGGAAUGAAAUGGACCAGACAUUUAGGGACAGGCGGAAUAGCAACUACUGUAGAAGAUGUCUUACAUAUGGUCAUAACCUUAGUUCAUGUCCUUUUAGAGUUCAGUGAUGUGAGAAUUUCUGUUUCCAUUUAUCAUGUACUAAGGAUGUUGUAAUUCCAUUUGUGUUCUAUUAAAAUUGAAAAUCUGGCAGCUCA